AGGUCGGCUUCGGCAACACAAGAAAUAACUUCGUGCUUUUGUGACGCUUGCUAAGAAACGAAAAUAUUAAAGAAUAAUGUGGAAUUUUGACUUGAAUGUUACUUAAAAGUGUUUAAAACUUUGCUUUAAUUCAAAAAUAGGUGCUAAUUUAGUGAAAUGUGAUACGUGCCAAGUUAAAAAGUUAGUUUUAUUGUAAGAACAAGGUACAACACAGAUUGUUUCUUGGUACCUACCUGCUGGGUACUUGAGGAGAGUAUAAAAACUUGUGGUUAGUGUACAAAAUGUUUGGAUGAAUCACUUUCUACCAUGGAUAAUCUUGCGAAUAAUAUUGGAAUUAAUAUACCUGAGGAACGAGGCUGGGAAUAUAAGCAAAUAUGCGUCACAAGGGUCCCAGGUUAUGGCUUCGGCAUAGCAGUUUCUGGAGGAAGAGACAAUCCACACUUUGCAUCAGGUGAUCCUAGCAUAGCAGUCAGCGAUGUAUUGGCGUCAGGACCUGCUGAACGACUUUUACAAGUCAACGACCGAAUAAUAUCUGUCAAUGGCAUAUCCCUCCAGAACGUCGACUACGCCACUGCGGUGCAAGUCCUUAGAGAUUCGGGUGAUACAGUAACGUUAGUGAUAAAACGGCGAACAAUUCAACACAGUCAUACUCACAGCUCAUCCUUUAACGGCCCUCCUCUGGCUGCCUUGGGGUCAAAUUCGCUAUCUACCAAAGUUACGCUUACCAAAAAUUCCAAAAAAGAAGAUUUUGGCAUAGUUCUCGGUUGCAAACUGUUCGUCAAAGAAAUUUCAUCGAAAGCCAGAGACCAAUUAAUGAAUACCAACCAACUAUUAGAAAUAGGCGAUUUUGUAACGAAACUGAAUAAUACCAACUGCAACGAUGUGAUGUCAUUGAAAGAGGCUAAAAAAAUUAUAGAUAGUUCUAAGGAUAAAUUACAGAUUACUGUAGCUAGGGAAUUUGGUUUUAAUUCGAACGUUUCUCAUCAGACGCAAAGCUCGAUUAGCACUACUGGAGCUGUUAACAAUUUCUACAAAGGUGAUGACUUUUUGACUUCCGGCCAUCAAAGUUACUCCAAUCAGAACCUGUAUGUUCAACCUCCUACGCGAAACCCCAAUAUAAAUCAAAAUGGAGGUUUCGAUGACAAACUUGAUCAAUCCAGCGGUCCCAAUUCAUUGCCUGAUGAAAAGAGCAAUCUUGCUCCAAGAGGUCGAUCCAGAGGUCCUCUGUCCGAAGCGAAUCUCAAUCAACUAGAAAAUAGGAACAGCAUAGCCGGCUAUGGUUUGUUGAAAGGAAGAGAUGAUCCUCCCAGGCCUCCCCCUCCUAGAGCUGAAGAUUAUUACAGCAGCCGCCGACAAAUGUAUGAAGAUGAUCCGAUAAUUCAAAAAACCAAACAACCUAUACCUGAUGCAAGAUUCAUUACAUUCCAUAAAGAAGGAUCUGUAGGCAUAAGACUGACUGGUGGUAAUUUUGCGGGGAUUUUCGUAACCGCCGUCCAGCCUGGUAGCCCCGCCUCUUUGCAAGGCCUACAACCUGGUGAUAAAAUAUUAAAGGUUAACGACAUGGACAUGACGGGGGUGACCAGAGAAGAGGCUGUUCUGUUUCUAUUGAGUCUUCAAGACAGAAUAGAGUUAAUAGUGCAAUUUUGUAAAGAAGAAUACGAUAGUAUAGUAGCUUCGCAAAAGGGCGAUAGUUUUUAUAUAAAGACACAUUUCCAUUAUGAAAGUCCUGCCAAAGGUGAAAUGCCGUUCAGAUCUGGAGAUAUAUUCCACGUGAUAGACACCUUGUAUAAUGGCGUAGUUGGAUGCUGGCAGGUGUUUAGAAUAGGCCGCAACAACCAAGAAGUCCAAAAAGGCAUAAUUCCCAAUAAAUCCCGUGCGGAAGAACUGGCCACCGCUCAGUUCAAUGCGACCAAGAAAGAGAUGUCCGCGAAUGAGUCAAGAGGAAGUUUCUUUAAGAGACGAAGAAGUUCAAACCGAAGAUCUAAAAGUCUCGGCAAAGAACAUUGGGAUGAUCUACUCUUUUCAGAUACUGUAUCGAAGUUCCCGGCGUACGAAAGGGUUAUUUUAAAGCACCCCGGUUUUACUAGACCUGUGAUAAUGUUCGGACCUAUAGCGGACGUAGCUAGAGACAAGUUACUUAAAGAUUUUCCGGAUAAGUUUAUAUCGCCACAAUUAGACGCAUCUGAUGUAAAUAGCAAAUCUAGCAAAACGUUAUCAAAUGCAAAUAUCAUCAGAUUGUCUGCCAUUCGAGACGCCAUAUCAACUGGAAAACACGCAUUGCUAGACAUAACGCCUAAUGCUGUAGAAAGAUUAAAUUAUGCUCAAAUGUAUCCAAUAGUAGUGUUCUUCAAAGCUGAGACGAAAAUAGUAAUAAAGCAGCUUCGACAAGGUCUGCCUAAGUCUGCUCAUAAAAGUUCAAAAAAACUUUUGGAACAAUGUCAGAAACUAGACAAAGUCUGGGGCCAUAUAUUUAGUGCCAUGGUAACUCUUAACGAUAAUACUGAUACAUGGUACCGUAAGGUUAGAGAAAUUAUAGAUAAACAACAAAGCGGGGCUUUGUGGAUGUCAGAAAGCAAGCCUGAAGAAUCACUAUCAGAUGAUUUCCUAUUUCCAAUGUCUUCUCUAAGGCUAUCUUAUGCCAGCUCACCAGAAAGUGAUCUGGAACACAGUCCAGGUCCCCCAACGUCGCCAACUUUAACUGGAAAUGGAGGAAAUGCGGGAAGGUUGACAAAAGCCAGUUCAGAUCCUAGUGUAGUCAUGCCGGAUAGUAGCACAAAUGAUGUACUACCACCCUAUCAGCCGAGUUACGAUGCCAGAUAUGGAUUUAACAAUCAAGAGCAGCAACAGCCUCCUUCAGACCCUCAACUUACCCCAACAGAUUCUCCCUUAGUGAAAGAAGCCCCUUUUGCACUUUCCAAUCCGGAUAUUCCCUCAGGAAUAGAUCCGCAAAGUCCGUACGGAAAAACUCAAAAUUUUAAUGAUAAGGUACCUAUGUACACAUCGGAGUCUUACCAGAAACCGGAAUAUCCCAAAAUACCGGAUCCUAGACAUGAUCUCUAUGCAGCUCCUGAAAGAAAAAGUGAUUAUAAUGGCGAUAAAUCCAUGCAACAUAAAAGACAAGCAAGUACUCUCCAUGGGGUUUAUAACCAUUCUAAAGGACAUAGUAUUGCUGAACAGAGUCCUGCGAAAGAUGGAGUUUAUGGGCAGGUACCAGAUCUCCCUCCACGCGUGGAUAGAGCUGCCAAACCCAUGGGGUUACUAACCACUUCAAACAAAAUACCUAAUGGACGAUCUGCUCACGAGAGGUUAUUUGGAACAAAAGCUACAGCUCACGGAGAAAAUGUUGAUCCAAAUGCAAAUGAAAAUGGUAAUUUUAACAAUAAAGCUGGAUCAUUAGAAAGAAGUCAAAAUUCCAAAUCGGACUCUCUCUCGAGUUACGAUUCAUACAACAAGCAAGCUACCACCCGUAUAGGACCCAACGCUCACGAUGACCUCAAAACGACACUAUCCAAAAUCGACACAACGGGAACUAUCCCAACAAUUCAAAAUAGCCCUUCAAAGUACAAUAUGGGUCCUAGAUGGGAUCAGAAUUCACAUAGGCUUGGUUCUAAAAUGGACCUUAAGUACGUAUUACCGCCAGGAGAACAUUUGGACAACAGUCCUAGGAAUUCUCGAGAAAUGAGCAAAGACAGUCCGAUGGAUCCUGCAAGUCCAAGAGGUUCGGUAGAAAGAGACAUAUACAGGUAUUCGAAGAGUCCUGCGAAACAAACUAUUACUGGAAAGACCAUGGUUGAAACUAAAACUGAUUAUGGUAAAUACAGUCGUAACAAUUCGCAUCCACACCAACCUCCUCCCGAAUACACGCGUACGUCUCAUCAAGAUCUGAGAGAAUCCACUCUUAGUAUCCAUCAACAAUCACCUUUGAGAAGUCCACCUGUACACCAUAACGGAUACGAUCCGGGGGUUCAGAACCAUAUGGGUCCCCCUAACGGUAAUAGCUACAAGCCUGUGCCUCCACCUAAACCGAAAAAUUAUAAACCACCGUAUAAAGCCCAAGGAGGAUAUGGUGGGGGAGAGGGAAUUAUUCAGUCGCCACCGGUAUAUCAGCAUGGAAAGAGUCAUAGUAAUCCUGUGGAUCAUCGAAAUCAGAACAUCAACCUGUCUCCUCACCACAACCACAACUAUUACUACAAUACACCGCCUCAUCACAACUUCCACCCAGCUGACCCUAACAUACAGUACCCUCCUGGACCAGGCCGAAGCCAUUACGACAUGGCUCCGCCUUAUCAGGAAUCCCCACGACGUCAUACGAGCAUUUCUUAUGCAAGUAGAAGCGAAAUUACCCCAAUAGCCCAGCACCACGACGGAACUUACGGUGACGUUUUGGAAACCAGGCCUCCAAUUGUAGAUUUACAAGGUUCUAGGGAACAACGAGGAUCGGCUUUUGAAUUAUACAGAAAGCCAGUAGGUCAUAAUUUAAGGGGUAUGGUGGAGCGGCCGGCUUUUUACGGAUCGCAGCCUAACAUAGCUCAAAAACUAAACACAUCCACCUCAUCUGCUACUAACUCGCCCAAAAUAACACCCAAACUAACAAAAACCCAAUCUUUCAAACACCAGAAGAGCGAGGGCUUCACACCCAAACUAUUUAGAAAAUUGUCGUUUACGAGGAAGAGUCGGGAGAGUACCCCGAAAAUGAGUAAAAAAUUUUCGCUACAACCACCGGAGAGUAUCGACGAGAAUCGAAUUUUACAAGAUAUCAACAGAAACGCUAGGGACAUGAGACCAAGUAAACGGGACGUCACUUCAUCGAUGGUGGGCCAUAGUGGUGCUACACUCGUCAACGAAUAUUGGGGGGUAAGUCUCGAAGUACCCCCCGGUGCCAUUCCCAAAGGAGAGGAACGUCUGAUCUAUUUCGUUAUUUCUGAUCCUAGAUUAUGUGAAAAUGCUCCGCCAUUAGACCUUGACAACGGUGAAACCAUGCUGUCGCCUUUGGUAAUGUGUGGACCACAAGGUACUGAGUUUCUGAAGCCUGUGAUUUUAAAUAUUCCCCACUAUGCCAACACUCUUCCAAGCCUAGGAAUAAGUUUAAAAGCUACGGACUCGGAACAGGACAUCCAUACAGAUUGGGAUAAUAUUCUAUUACCUAGUAACCAUGCAGCAAACAGUGUCGCCGUCAAAGUUGAUCAUUUUUAAUAAAUUGCGCAUUUCUCCAUAUAAUUUUGAAAAGCUAGAAUUAAGAGAUCUCUUGCGGAUAUUAACAAUUCGUAUUUUUAUCGUAAUAAACGUUAUUUCAAUUUUAUUGCUGUUGUUUACGGUAUUGAAUUUUACUUAUCUUUACGAUUGUGUUACUAAAGAAGGAUGGUCGCGUUUGCUUAUUAUGUCAUUCCGUUGCUCUUGAAACAUAACCUAAAAAUUUCCCAAAUAUCACUUUUAUCGUCUUAAAACUACGUAAGUAUUGUUUAAAAAUUACUGUAAUGAUUGAUAUUUAUAAUGUUCAUCUAACGCAUUUGAUAUAAAAUGGUACACAAUUAUUAUUUGAUGUAUCCACAAACAUCUUCUAGGUCCUUGUAAAUGUUCUGUUUUCCUUUGAGUAGCUUCAUUUUUGGCUUUCGAUAGUUACAAUCAAAUAUGGUUGACGUUGAACUUUUUAAACAGUUCUUUCUAAAUUGUGGCUUGUCCUCUGGUCCCAAGAUCUUCAAUUAUUGUGUGUCGUUGUAAGCUAACCAAGAGACCUAGCAAAAUCGGUAAUAUAAAAAAGGAAGAAUCAAGUGUGUACCACUAAAGCUAGUUAUUACUUUGUUUUCACUCGAAAUCUAUCUAAAUUGUUGAUUUGAUUUAGCCCAACUGGACAAAUACGUGUAAAACAACACUAUUUUUUAAUACAUAUGUUGCUCAAACAUAUUUUAAUGUUCUUAAUAUUUUUUACUAAAAUUUUAGUUAAGUAUUGUAACGAAUCUCAAAAAUUAUGACUGAUUAGUAGUUUCUAUAUGAGAAUGUUUGUAUGGAUUCAACAAUAUAAUGUUUAUAUAGGAUUUUGUGAUUGUUUCUAAUGUAGAUUUUAUUAAUUUUGUUAGAUAUUGGACUAUAGGAAGUUUAGGAUCCAUCAGGACAUUAUUGUUACUUGUCAUUUGCAUUGAUAAAUAAUUAGGCCCCUUUUAUUGAUAAUACAUGAUUGUUUCAGUGCAAUUUGUAUAAAAUUUAUCGUUUUUAGUGAUUGUUUUAUUUUUAAACAUUUUAAACAUCUUGUAUAAACAAGGUUCUUGUUACCUUGAUUUUUGCAUAUUGUAUAACCUUAAUCUUAUUGUUAAGCUAAGCCCAUUUUAUAGUAUUUACAAAAUAAAUGAUUAUUUU